GAUAAGUAAACUACUUAAGAAAACAGUUGAAUUAUUUGGUGUGUAGGGUAGAAGCUCUGAAUGUAAGCGGCAAAUAUGGAUAUAAGCAAAUCCAAUAAAAUUAAACUAUUUGUAUCUCAGGUCUAGCACCCCCCAAACUUUAACGCCAUACUAUUGUCUUUCCCAGAUUAUACAGUUACACACAUAAUCGGUCUUUACAUAGUGAAUUCAAAAUCCUUGGCUGAUAUCGAAUCUUAGGUUUUAAAGUAAACUUAAUCGGAUGAAGUGAUAACGGAGUAAAUAGUAGACAAACUACACUCCGAGAUUGCUGUUUUCUUAUAAAUACACAUCAAUGUAAGCCGAUCAAAGAAUUUUUUCUCUUUAUCUUAAUUUCGCUUCAAAACUUUUUUUAGUCAUAUUUAUUUUCUUAUGGGAGCUGAAUCAAAUACCCCAUCUAUCACUUCCGAAAAGUACAAGGUUGACCAAUCUAUUAUCAGCAAUUAUGCUGAAGAUGACAAUAACUCAGUUACCAACGAAUUUGGCCAUGGAGAAGGUUCUUUUUUAACUGGCUAUUUUAGUGUUACCUGUGUUGUAGCUGGUACUGGUACUCUUGGUCUCCCUCAUGCGUUUGCGAUUGGUGGUUGGUUAGGUAUCCUGAUUAUGAUUCUCUCAUACUUAAUGGCUGUUUACAGUGGUAUUGUCUUGAUCCGCUGUUUGUAUUAUAAACCUGGUGUUAGACUUCAUGAUUUUAAAGCCAUUGGUAUUGCAGCAUUUGGCUGGCCCGGUUAUGUCAUUGCCACCUUUCUUCAUUGGCUUAAUCUGUUUGGUUGUCCCGCACUUUAUCUGACGCUUGCCAGUUCAAAUCUUAACUACUUGCUUCGUUAUACCAGUGGCGCUCUUAAUCCUGUCACUUGGACUUGUAUUAUCGGUGUCAUCCUUUUGAUUCCUUCCCUGAUUGCAAAGACUUUAAAAGAAAUCACUGCUCUUGCUGCUGUUGGUGCUCUUUGUACUAUGAUUGCUGUCUUUAUCGUAUUGAUUCAAUCUCCCAUGUACCAUAAUGCUCAUCCUGAAAUUCCUGUUCAAACUGAUUCUGUUAUCUGGACUGGGUUCCCUUCUGCUCUUGCUACUAUUGCUUUCUCUUACGGUGGUAACAAUACUUACCCUCAUGUUGAGCAUGCCAUGAAGAAACCUCAUCAAUGGAAGUAUGCCAUUGCCGGUGGGUUAACUACUUGUACUGGUCUCUAUUUCAUUACUGCCAUUCCCGGUUACUGGUCUUUCGGUCGUGAUACGCAAUCUCCCAUUUAUAACAGUCUCCCCGAAGGCGCUGGAAAGAUGAUUGCUAUGAUUGUUAUGACUAUUCAUGUCAUUCUUGCCAUUCCUAUUUACACCACCUCUUUCUCUCUUGAGUUUGAGCGUUACGCCAACUUUACUGAUGCAAGACUCGGUCGAUUCUGGGCUUGGGUUGCUCGUGCUGUUAUCCGUACUUGUACUAUGGCCAUCCUUGUUAUUUUAGCUAUUUUUAUUCCUUACUUUCAUGAUUUCAUGAGUCUAAUUGGUGCUCUUUCUAACUGUGGUCUUGUCUUCCUUUUACCCAUUUUGUGUUAUCUUAAAUUAACAGGUGUUCGUAACAAGCCUUGGUACGAACUACUUUUCUGUGCCUUCACUGUUUUCAUGGGUAUUAUCGGCUGUGUAUUCGGUACUAUCGAUGCCAUUAAGGCUUUAAUUCAUGAUUUCGAAUCCGAGUAAUUCAAUCAUCAUACCUUUAACUUUAUCAAAAUGCUUUAACGUUUCUCCUACCUCGCCCCCUCUCCUUCC